AUGGAAGUCUUGUGUGGAUUUUUUGUAAUAGUUCUCUUAAUAAUUCCCACAGUUUACAAUCUAAAAGACAAUCAGUAUAAAAGAUUGGCACUGAUAAAUGUUAUUGACGAAAUCAUAUCUAAUCAAACAUUCAUAUCCACUGUCAAUUACAUCGAUUCCGUAAAUGAUUUAAACAAAUACUCGGAAUCGAUACAUCAUGAUUUCGUCACUGAAAUAUUUAAAGUUAUUGGAUAUAAAUUAGCAGUCAAUGAUAUUUCAAGAUUUUUGGAUGAUAAAUCUGUUAAGAAGCGGUGGUUCUUCAAUUUAAUCAGAGUGUCAAGCUUAAAGGAAUUCACAGAUAUUAUUAGAAAAUUUUCACACGUCAACUUUGAUUAUGGUGGAUAUUACCUAAUUUUAUUUACUGACGCAAAUAUUAAGGAAGUCCGACAAGUGUUUCAAGUUUUGUGGGAUCUAUACAUCUAUAAUGUCAAUUUGAUCCGUAAUAUCAAUGAUUCAAUCACAAUUGAAACUUUCUAUCCAUUCAAUUCAUUAAGCUGUAAUAAGACAGUUCCAACAGAAAUCGCAAGAUACUCAAAAGGACAGUUUGUCAAGAAGCCACAAGAUUUUUUCCCAAAAAAGUUUGUCAAUUUUCACAAGUGUAGCUUGAAUGUUACAACUUUUGAGUCAAUUGGACCAGCAGUUUUAAGGCAAAAUUAUGCAGAUGGAACUUACAGACUUCACGGACGAGAUAUCGACAUCAUUAGCACAAUUGCUGAGAAAUUAAAUUUCCAUUCGAAAAUAUUUUACAAUAAAACUUAUGGUGGAUGGGGUUAUAUGAACAAAGACGGAAGUGCUGGCGGAGCUUUUAAUGAAGCAAAACUUAGAAUUACUGACAUAGCUUUUGGAAAUGUGAACCUUAAAGUUGAGAGAGCAAUUUACUUAGGAUAUACAAUUCCAUAUGCAGCAGACAUUUUCGUGUUUAUUGUUCCUCCUGGACGACCAUUAAGUUCUUUCGAGAAGCUUUUACGUCCUUUUGAUGCUACUGUAUGGACUUAUGUUUUUAUCAUUUUCGGUGCCGGUUUCCUUAUCAUUUUAUUUCUAGAGAAACGAUGUAAAAAUAAAAUCAAACUAUUCGUGUAUGGCAAGCAAGUUAAAGCACCGCAUAUGAAUUUCUUGAUUGCAAUAUUUGGUGGAAGUCAGCGUCGAUUGCCAAAGGGUAAUUUUGCACGAUUUAUACUUAUGACGUUCCUUUUAUUUUGCCUCGUCAUGCGAGCACUUUAUCAAGGUUCCUUAUAUGAAUUUUUACAAUCAGAAUCAAGCGAAAAAGAACCUCAAACAAUAGAGGAAAUGGCACAAAGGGAAUAUAGAUUCAAUAUGAUUGUUUCUUAUGAUGACUUUACAAAGGAAAAUGUUCACAUGAAAGGAAGGAAGCGGGUCAUUAGCCCAGAAGUAAUCAAGAAAUUAAUGGUUGAAAUUUUGGAUUAUAACUUUCAAGGAACGUUAAUGCUCAAAAUGUCGCAAGUUGUGUACAGCAAUCGAGAACGAGCGAGGAAGAAUGAGCAACUUUAUCGGAUUUGCAAGGAAUAUUACAUGUCAGUUCCAAUCUCAAUGUACUUUCCGAAAAACAGCUAUUUGGUUGAUUUAUUUAAUAAUUUGAUCCUCUUGUUCCAUCAGUCUGGAUUAAUGAGUUAUUGGACGUCAGUAAAUGAGGAUCCAAAGUAUUUAAAUUUUAAGCCACAAGCAGAAAGAAGAAAAAUCACAAUUGAGCACUUAUCGGGCCCAUUUCAAAUAUGGAUGGGAGCUUGUUCACUUUCUGUUGUAAUUUUUGCCAUUGAGUUCGCUUGGCAUAGAAGAAAAUGGGCUCUUAGUCGAAGAAAAAUGAGUUCAAAUAUAGAGUUGAAUAGGUUUUGA